AGCCCGCGCCGGCCUCCGCCGAGGGACCAUGGGCGAUGCGCUCCUCUCGGCUCGGGGGGCUGCGCACAGGCGGCGUCGGAGGAGGUGAGGCGGAGCGGGAGGCGCCCGGCUCGGGGGGCUCGCGGCCGUCGUCCCCUCAGGCCGCGGCCGUGAUGUGGCCGCUCCCUCGGCCUCUUCGCCGCAGCCGCGCGGGGCGGCGGCCGCCUCUUAGCGCCGCAUCGCCCCUCGCAGCCCGCGGGCGGCCCGGCCCGGCCGGGAGAGCGGCGCGAGGCGCGGCCGGGGCUCGGCCUUGCGGCCCGGCCGCCCCCGUCACCUUGCGUAACGACCUUCCCGGGCACCGCCGCGGACGGGCGGCUGCGGGGCCGAAGUCUCGGCGGGGCGCGGGCGGUGCGGUGCGGUGAGCGGGUGCCGGCUCGUCCCUGCUGCCGGCGGGGUUCUGUGAGCCUCUAGGAAGCGAAUAGGAGGAAAAGGUCACCUGAAAGCUGUCACCCGCCUGCCGGCUUCGCCGUGCCGUGGCUCGCAGCGUUUGGCCAAAGGUUGGCGGGGAGGGUGGAUGUAACGAUGCUCUGCCUCCAGGUUCGUGCAUCGGCGCUGUGCGCUGGGAUCGCACGGACGUGGCCCCGUGCGAAGGGCGCGGUGGGCCCGGAGCGUUCUGUGCGCUGAGCCGCACAAACGGCAGCUUCGGGAGCGCGCGCUGAAGUCUCCGCCGAGUUCUGUCAUCUCCCCAAGGCAAACUUUUCAGUAUGUGCAGGGGAAGGUAAACGUCCUCCUGCUUUCAGGAACUGAGUCUUGGUCGUGUCUUUCUUAAACGUUAAUGUAGGGAGUGUAGGUUCCAUCUUUUCCAGAUGCGGUGUAACGCAGAUGUCACCUUCUGAUCUCACCUUCUGAAGGCAGAUUUCUCUUUCUGGCACUGAGAUCAGUAAACUUAAGAGAAUUCAUUCUUGUUAGGUCUUGAUAUGCCUAUCUCUCUUGAUAGCCGCAGCAGGAAUAGAAUACUCUUCAAAUGAAGGCUCGCUCUUGUGAUGUGUGUUACUUGAAUUUACACUCCUGUGUGCCUAAACAAGCUCUGUUGCUUCUCCCCAUGAAAUACUAUGAUAGCCUUUUCAACAUUGUGACUCAUAUCCCUAAAUACAGGAGUGAAUUUUGACUUAAUACAAUGCAAGUGCUUUAUCUCAGCAAACAGCCUUGUGUAGAGAAUGCAGAGAGGGUGGAGGGAGUGUCACUUGCUGUAUCUAUUAAUCUUUGUCCUCAGGAGAGCAUUUGAGAUUGUUUGCCGGUUGGAGUUAUUUCUUCACUCCCAAUUCAACCAGAUAAUGUUGGUUCUUUCUAAAUAGUUUUACCAUUUCAUGAAGGGCUGAAAACCAUUUUUAAAAGGAGGGACUAGUUGAUUCUUGUUGUUAUUGAAACCGUGUUGCCUGGGGGCAUUGAGCCCAAUUUAGUCUGAAUGGGUGAUGUACCUUUCUUCCUCUCUGUGUAAAGACUGUUCUUCGUGAGAAAUUCUGCUUACUGCAAGACCCACACUUCACACAGUUGCUGGUGACUGUGCCAAACCUAGGGGUAGGAAAAAAUCCUUCAUGGGUUGUUGGUUUUUUUGGUGUUUUCAUUACAUAUAAGAUAACUUGCCAUACUACCUCCUAGUCUGUACCUGUCUGAGAGAAUAUAGGGGGUAAUUUAAAGUGAAGCAGUGUGUUUAGUGAUAACUAUGUUUAGUACUCUUCUUAAGGCGUAUGGAUUGUUUUCUCUUUCUGUUAGACAGAAUGUGAAUUUAUUUUGUAUGAGUGAGUAAGGAUUAAAUAAUAUAUGCUUCCCUUUCCUGAGUGGUUAAUCCAUCUUGUCGACUAGGAAGAAGCUGGCUUGUACAGCCUGGACUGGAAAGAUGCUGAAAGACAAAGUGGCUGAAUAGUGAAUAUAAGAAGAUCAGAUUGUUUAACGUCCAGAAACGAAACUGCCUAAAACUUGGGAAGCAGCCAGCAACCCAGAGUGCAGAUCAUCCAAAAUCCUUAAUCCUCUUCAUGAGGUAGAAUCUGGCAAAAUAUUGAAGUGCUCUAGAUUCCUAAAAUGAUUUAGAAUAAAGACAGCUGUUGUCAGUCUUAAGUCAUCUUCUACCAACCAAAAUCCUUUUCCUUGAUUUAAACAACAACAAAAAACAACUAACAACUACAAAGCUUUAUACCAUCAACUUCUGUACUUUAGUCAAUGUGUAGCAUCUUAGAAGCCCCACUAAUUUCAAUCUUAUUUAUAAGUGUGCAGUUUUUUUUUGUUGUUGUUGUUUCUGACAUUGUAUUUUGCUGUCAUCUAACAAUUUUGCUGCUCUGUGAGGUAAUUUCAUGUGCAGUUUUCCUCCUCCUGUUGGCUUUCACAUUUUAACAAAACUUCAGGUGUUGUUGCUAUUAAGUGCCCUGCACAGACAGAGUAACUUGGUUAUAACUGUGUGGUAGGUGUUUUAGAGACUUUUGUAAAUGCAGUAUUUGUAUUUUGAGCAGGUGGAAUUCUAAAUAAGAUUGCCUUUGUGUCCUAUGAGAGAAUGGGAGAAUUCGCUCAGUGUUAAUGCCAGGAGAGGUGAGUGAAAAUGGAGAUAGGGUGGCAAACAUUGCUUUCAUGGUCUGAUUUUAGCGUAUGCUUAGUCUGUUAGACAGAUGGUGGGGAAAAAAAAUAUCCAGGUUCUGAUAUGGCUUAUUUAUUCAUAAGGUUCCUUUAUGUCACAUUAUUCCCAAAGUGCUAGCAGAACUCACUUGCUUAUCCUGAUUUUGGAACCACAGCAGUACUGCUGCAGCCACUUGGCAGUGAACAUCAGGAGUAGCUGCUGAAGAAGGUGAGUGUGCUGCACAGUGCUAGUGGGCUGGGGAAUCCGAUGAGGAGAAACUUUCAGAAAUCAAGCAGAUUUCCUAUUUUUAUGUCUUCAGUCUAAGAGACUGGGGUGGUAUAAUGCCAUCCUUUAAUAUUCUCUACUUUUGUUCUUCCUUUGUAAUUUUUUUUUCUGUUUGUGUUUGUAACAGUUCCUGUAAUCCAUAGCCAUGAAAAGAAGGUAAGCAGGUUAUUAUGCAAACCAGCAUUAGUUCAGUGAAUGGAUUUGGAUAUUGAGAUAGGCAUUCUAAUUGGACAGUGUUUGGGGACUGUAAUUAUGGAGAACUAGUGGCCCAAGUGCUGAUACAGCCCUUCAGAUAUGAGGCACCUGCUUUUCAUGAUAAUGCAAACUUUCAUCAGGGUGGGAAGCCUUGCUCUUCUGUUCCAGACAGAAUAGUUUAGCUGUACCUUGAGAUAAAUUUGCAGGGUUUUAUUUUUGCCUUGCAAAAAGUUGUCUUGUUUUUAAUCAGGUGAAGCCUUCAAGCCCAAGGUCUGUAUUCAUGCAGUCAAGCCAAGAUACUGUUCCUUCCAGGAACUUCUGUUAAAAUUGUGGAAUUUGCCUGUGUUUGUAGCAGCCUGUGUACUAGGGAGACACAAAGCAAGGAACAGAGAAGAAAAUCAGUUUGAGGGACAGGGAUUCUCACUGAAUGCUCUAAGUAGCAAAGUCCUUUUUGUGAGGAAGAUUGUAAGGCAGCGAUGUGAUUCAUUUGAUUUAUUAUUCAUGGUUUGUAUGAGCUAAGAAUCCUGUGAUCCUUGCCCUUCUUUGAGUCUUACAAGGUCCUGUUAUUCCUAUUAGCUAAGCACAUUUCUUCAUACAUCCCACAGGCAUUCCAAAAUGUUUAACCUUGACUAUUAGUCUGACUAACUGAUAUUUGCCUUACUGCUUUUUGUUUCCUGAUAAAAGACAAUAAUAUUUGACAGUAGUCAACCACUUUGUUUGACCUCGUCCUAUGGACAAAGGAGUUUUCAUAGGUAAGAAAUAGCAGGCAGGUGAUUUUAUGGUGACUUGUUUAAAUAAGAAGGAAGGAGUUCCGUACUGACAGAAAAAAAAAAUGAUUUCACUUUUACCAGCUGUUGUUCUUGGAUCAUGUCAUUUGUUGCCUUCGUGUAAAUUUUUUUGCUGUAUAAUAUAUUCCUUUUUGCUAUAUUUCCUUAGAGUAGCUGUAUAACUACACCCUCAUUCUUCAGCCUUGUUAGAAAUGUAGGAAAUGAAGCUUAUGGCUGUUUCCUUUCUGUUACCCAUUAAGACUGCAUUUCCUUGCUACCCUAAGAAUCAGACCAAUCACACGAGUGCUGUGACUGGUGCAUUAGUGUUUUAUGUAACCUGUUUUGAGGUCCUCUUGGAUCAUUUUCAGAUAGACUCUAAUCAAGUUGUCAUUAAAGGUAAAAGCUGCAGUGAAUUUUCAUUCCUGCCCUAUUCUGUGGCCUUGAGGUUUAUUGAAUAUGUGAUGUCUCAGGAGACUGAACCUUGACACACCAGUGCAUUAUGUGAUAGUCCUCUUGUCUGUAAUGUGUGUGACUAGAGUGGAGUAACACUCUUACAGAAGAUCUUCGGUAGUGCAAAGCUAUCUCUUAUCUCUCUCCUCCUUAUCAUCUCUCUGCUCUCUCCAUGUUUGUUCCUUUGCUGCAGAGAGCUGUUCUUUUCUCCUUCCCUGCCCACAGGUAUGUCUGAUAGAAUGAAAAUACAAAUCUCCAGUAGUUGCUUCAGUGCAGUUUUUGAAAGUUGCCCUUGAACUCUAUCUUGAUGGGUCCUAUUCAAGUGCUGUGCAUGCAUUGAUUUGAUUUUCCAUGCUGUAUACAAAGAAGAGUAAAAUUACUGGAUUUAAGAUCCUACUAAGAAGGUUUUGUGCAGUACCAUUUGCCCUCUGUAUCAGACCUACAUAUUCUUUCCUUUUUUUAAUUUUUGAGAGAGAGGGGGGAAAAAAAAAAAAGAAUACAUUUGAGGAAUGUUUCUAAUCUGGUAAUUAUCCAGAUUUUACAUUGCUUUUUCUUUUAUACCAAAACAUUGUAACAGCAUUCAGUGUUGAAAGCUGAAUGAAAUUAUUUGCACGACCUACCUGUAGAAUGAAUGUCCCACACUGUUCCAGUCCUCUGUUGUGAAAGGACUGUGUCUGUGUAAGAAGAAUGCUAGUAGGACUAAUGCCUUGAAAAUGGUACCCCAAGUAACAUGAACCAUCAGGUAGUUCUCUUUUCCUGAAGUUGGUUUGAAUUGCUCAUUUCUACCUAGAUACAGUUAAAGCUAUCUGGUUUUAAUAAUUAAAAUAGCAAUAAAUAUGGAAAAUGUACAAACUGCUUAGAAGUAUUAAGCAAGCAUCAGCAUCCACGCCUUCAUCUAUUUAGACUGUCAGUUUGCUUUGUCUUAUUUUUGAUAUGAAUUGUACAUUAAAAUGGACACCGCCACCUCGUUUCCUAAAAAGAUCAGAGUAUUGUCUUUCUGUCUGCUGUGUCUGUGUUUCCUGAUCUCGGAAUUUGAGCCACCUGGCAAGGAACCUUUGUGGGAGGGGAAAAAGAAACUAAGCAGAUAUAUAUAUCAUGCCUGGGAAAAUUCUGAAAUAUUCUUACAUUGACAUUUUCAUACCUCCUUUGCAAAUACCUGUGAUGAACACAACACUGUUUUCUGUGCAUGCUAAUAUCUUGCAUGUGGAUACAAGCUUUCCUAUCUGUUUAGCACACCUUACAAACAAAAUCAACCCAAGAAAUGGCUCCAAAACGCUCAGCAUUUCUCCUUUUGGAACACUGACAAUUCUUACAGAAAUGUAUUUCACUAAUGGUAGUCAUACAGUGGAUUCAGAAGUUGUUCUGGCAGGAGGAGGGGCUGCAAGACAAGGGGGCUAUCCCUUAGGUAGCAAUGAGAUGUUUACAAAACAAGUAGUUCAACAGUCUGAAUGAGGUACCAAUUCUUUGCUCAGGCAGUAAGCAUCAGAGAGGGAUAAUUUCAAGUACUGUAGGGAGCAGAAGAGUGCUUUCAGUCUGUGUGUUGAUGGAACUUCAGGUGCAAAACAUUUAAAAUAUGUAUCUUCAUUUGUGGGAAUUGUGGAAAAAAUUCUAGCAAGUUCAGGAAAGAAUCUGAAAAAAUAUUCAGAGAACUGAACCAAAUGUCUUUGAGAGAGGUUUCUGAAGAGUUCAGUUGUUGUCUGAAAGUUUGGUGUUUCUAAGUUCAGAAAUUGAGCGUGAACUUUGAACAGAGAUAAAGCAAAAUUAGAGAGAAAACUGUUGUCUUUCCUCUUGAGUUUAAUUAAGAAUUGUCAUUCCUGUACUUUGACGAGAAUUUGUUCGUGAAAUCAGUAUUUGUGUUUCCUGAUCUGACCAAACAGGAAAAGGAUGUGGAAUACUCUGUGUAGGCAAAAGACUUAAAAAAAUAAAUAAUAAAUUCUCAGUCUCCAGCACUCGGACUUCAGGAUCAGUUGUACUGGAUAUUUGACCAGGCUAUUAGAGCUAUGUUAUUUCAGUCAGUUCUUCAGCACUAUUGAUUCUCUAACUACGUGGUGAAAUGUAUCAUUCUAUUUAUGCUGUAGAACUAUCCAUGUUAUGCAACUUCUUUUCCUAGAAUGGAAAGAAAGCGUGCAAAGGGAGAAUCCUGCAAGUGCUUCCAGUGUAUUUUUCUGCUCAACCUUACAGCUAUUUUACUGUAUAUAAAAUCAACCUUUUCUGAAUACUUUAGUAGAAGCCUGUAAUCAAGUUAGAUGAGUGUUAUUGUUAUACUUGAAAGUAAGAGAUUUUUGUAUCUAACAAAAUGGCCUUUAGAAACUAAGUUUACUUAUAAAUCAGUUCUAGAAAUAAUCUUUGCACUGAUAUUAUAACUUCUUUUGAAAGACAAAUAUAAUCUUUAUGCACCUAGUAAAUACUAACCUGUAGUUCUUGCUGGAAUACUCUUCCUUUUUUUUUUUUUUUCAGUGUUUUGAAUGUCACGUUAAAUUAAUUGGAGAGUAAAACAAGAAUUUCAGAGUUCUCUUUAAUGAUAUAAGUUAAAUAGGGAGCAAGGAAGAGUUUCAGACUGGAAGAUCAUUAAGGUUUUGGCCUCUGCCAGCUUCCAUCGAGACUUGCUGCCAGCUAGCUGCUCAGAUGAAGUUCCAUGGCAAUAGGACCUACCUGCCAUCAGUGCAGUAGUUCAUCUCACUAGCUGAUCCAUGCUGGCUACUGAACAGCCUGUGAAGGAGCAGCUUACAGCACUGUUGGUAGAGUGUUCUGGCCUGUACUGAAAGGAAGGGGCUUUCAUUUCAAGAUGUAAGGAGACUUUCUGCACAGUGGGUACGGUUCUGUGCUGAUGUAAGAAGCAUGCUGAAGUUCACUUAAGCUCUACUUGAGUAGAUGCAGUUUAAACCUCAGGCUUUAUAUGCUCAAACUAGUACAAUGAGGCCCAAGUGUGCUCUUAAACUUCCCUAUGAGAGCUGUAGUGACUGAUAAAAAAAAAGUAUCAGCUUGUAACAGAUUUCAUUUCUGUUCAGCUUGUGUUAAAGUCCUUGUACCUUUAUUCAUUUCCCAACAUAGUCACUUCCAUAUGUCCUGGUUACACAUCUUGCACACUGUAAUGUUACAGAAGAAUGACAAUAUUAAGCUACUUAAAACAUGUCUAAGAGCACUUACAUACUGAGAUACUGGUCUAAAUACUACUAGAUACCACAUCUAAAGCAAAGAAAACAGAGAGCUUAAUCAGAAAAAAGGUAGAAAACUGUACUUGAAAAAGCAAUAUUGUACUUUCAGUGUGUGAGGAAAAUCUGUUCUACAAUAAUUUUGUCUUUCUUAGAUCUGAAAAGGUGGGUUAGAUGACCAUCCAAAUAAUCUAAUUUCUCUUAAGUUAGGUAUAAAAAAAAAUAAGCAAGUCUUUCUCUUUCACGUGCAUGUUUCAAGAACAAGUUUUUUGCAUUCCAUAUAUUUGGGCAACUGUCAUUUACUCUCAUUAUUUUUGCACAAAGGGCAACAAAGCUGAUAAAAGGGCUGGAAGAUGUGUCCUGUAAGGAGAGGCUGAAGAUACUAGAUUUGUCCAGUUUGGAGAACAGGAGCUCAGAUACUGGGGCAGGCUUCUUACUGAGGUAUUGAUGCCCCAUGCCUGUCAGUGGUCAAGAGUCAUUGCCCUCAAUGGCGUGUUUUAACCUUUGAUUAGCCCUGGAGUUGGACUCGAUGGUCUUUUUGUGUCAUGUCUAACUGAAUUAUUGUACCACUAGUUCUCUAUUCUGCUUGAACUGCUUUAGCCUCUCUUCAGACUGUUGUUCUGAUCUUAUGAGUUGAUAUGGCAAACUUGAGUUGUCUGCUGAAUAUGUUGCACAACUGAUAAUUAGGUACUAGAUACGUUGUUCAGAAUACUCUGUAAUCCAGAGGUCUUCAAAUGCCAUUUUAUAAUUUCUUGUACCUUAUGCUUAGCAAAUAUUUUGUGUGAUGCUUUGAUCAGAGGAAAAUUACCCUAGAGUUCACUGAUGCUUUUACAUGGGAAUGUCAUUACUCUUCCUGGUCUCCCCAAAGGCUAUAGUUAGAUGUGACCUGUGUCACCCACCAUACCUGUCUCUGUCCAGUACCUGUCAGAGCAUUUCUGUGGCAGUGCAUUGAACUGCUGAGAAUCUGAUGUGGCUAUGAAUGACCCCUUUGUGUUUGGUUGUUCACAUCCCAAAAUGAAAAUGUUCCCUAGGUAGCUUCACCUUUUGCCUGUGUAAGCUGGGGAAGGAGCUUAGAAGGGAGUAAAGUUGCUUCUCAGUGGCAGUGCUGGCUUUGACUACUGGAACAUCAGGCUCAUUAAAAGAUUGUAUUGAAAAUGCUGGGUUCAUAGAGUGUUAAUGCUCUGUCCAGUAGGCCAAGUGGUCCCAGUUUUAUCUACCAGAUUAAUGGCCCUUUUCAAAAAACAAAAAACCCUCCUUUUUCUAUCUAAGUACUAUCAAUAUACAUGUUUGUACUUAUCCCAAUUAGGAGAAAAGUAUCCUUUGCCCUACAUGAAUUUCAUAUAUACAACUCAGAUUUCAUGCUGUUGAUUUUGGAUGUGUUAUGAAAAGAGCUUUUAAAUGAAGGUAAACUCUUGCUAUUUCACAAGCUGUUGACUAUUUUUAAAUAUGCCACUCACCUCAUUAAAUAACUAAAAAUUGACAUUUUAUUAGAAAGGCUGUUGAUGCAAUAUUGUAGUUUGGUAGAAGUUACUUGAACCAUAGAAUGCUCAGUAUUUCUACCUUGCCUCUAUUGUGGGGAUAAGGAUCAGCCUAAUGGCCUGAUUUGCAGUUGCUCAGGAUUAAGAUGUGUCAUGUUGACAAAAAUAGAGGUGAAAACCCUUUUUGUUGUUUAUUUUGUACCAACCGGCUCUGUCAUCCUUGGACUUGACAAAUGGAACAAGAAAUUUGUCAAAUGUUAUUAUUUGAAGUGAUUAGAAAAUUUGUUAUUUGUCUCUUUUUUUUCUUUAUUUUCCAGUGCAUUCUCAUUUGGACUGUGUGUGGCUGAAUGCACUGAUGACAGUUGUCCAGUCACUGUGAUCUUAAGAUCUUUGUUUCCAUAUUUGAUGUUUUAAAGGAAUUUUUUUUACAAAGUACACCAGUGUUUGAGGUGGAAAACUGAUUAAAAUAAAUAAAUGAAUGAACAAGAAGCAGCAUUAAAAGUUCUCCAGAAUACUUCUAGAGAGAUGUAGGGGUUUUGGUCACACCCUCCUUUUCAUCUUGGCUUGUAUCAGUCUCCUUUCUCCCCUGUUUUAUCUAACAUGAAGCAUGGUUGUUGUUGUUGUUGUUUGUUUUUGUUUUUGGGUUUUUUUUUUGUCACUGCUCCUUAAUUAUUGCUAUUCCCACCACCUUCUCUGUUCUACAUCCUAGAAAGACUGAAGGGCGAAUUCUGUUGUGCUCUUUUUAUUUGGUCUUUAGAAGAUAUGCAUGCAAUGUAAGCAUUUCUGUUCUCAGCCUGGCUGCCUCACCACUGGAAGCAACUUUCUGCUAGACUGAAGAUUUUAGUGAAUAAAAUAUAUUAUUCAACAGAUGCAUCAAAAUUGAGAGAAAGCUGAAUUUGAAGUCAGUUGCCUGAGAUUUCACUUUUCUAGGAAGUGUUUUGGGUAUCUUUGCAGUACUCUGGAAGAGGCAAAAUCUCUUUUCUUUCUCGGUAGAGACUUGAGUGGUUUUUGCCUUUCUUCCCCAAACAUUUCAUCUUCAAGGAUUACUUGACAUUUUCUUUUUCCCCCCACACACUGCUUUUAAGCUCUACUUUGUGUGUUUCUUCCUAUCUCCCAAAAUGUACUCCUGAAAUUCUCACAUUUAUAUAACCUGUUUCCUUUUUAAGUAAUAUAGAAAAAUAUUUACUGCACUCAUUUACUUUUAGACUUGGACUAAGACAGAGCUCCUCAUCCUUACCCAGCCAGUCAACAAAUCCGGAUGGAUUUAUUUUCUGUAAAAUUAAGUAGAAGAAAUUUUAGAGGUAUGCAUGUAGUUAGGCUGAAUCUGGACAAACUAGAACCUUUCUGUUAGUUUGCCUACCCAGUAAUUGUCAAAUCAGCUGAUUUCAAGCAAGCAUCUCACAUCUUUCAAGGCGUGUGGAUCAUACAUCUGUUUCUUCUGUUUCAUGAAAGAGUUCUUUGUCAAGAACUCUUCAUGCAGUUUCUCUUCCUUGUCUUUUUUCUGAUGUGGCUUUUUCAACUGACCUUAAGCAACUGUCCGGAAAUGAUUGAGCCAUUUUUACUGAAGAUCCAACUCUGCUGAUGUUGCACAAGGUGUGAACCUACAGAAAAUCUGUUUUUUUUGAGUGCCUCUUGGCAGUGAUUCUCUUUAUUUCGUUGUAUACAGAUUUUAGGUGCCUAAUAUAGAAUUGAGUGUUGUAGCAGCUAGAUGCUUACAGCCAUGAAGCAGUGUUGACUUUUUUUUUUUUUAAUUUCUUAAUUAAGCAAAGGGGAAACCUUGCAGUUCUUAAGAAUCUUAUAGGAUGACAGGGAGAGGAUGUGGUGGUGGUUACGUUGUUGAGAUAGAGUACUUCCUGCCAUAAGAUGAACUUUGAGUAAGGAGAGCAGAAACAAAACCAUUAAUGGGAGAAAGGUUAGGGUUUGAGUGCAUAGCAAUUGGACAGAUCAAUAUGGUGGGAAAGGUGCUACACCAGAGAAAGACCGACGUGGUAGAAAGGUGCUAUAAAGGAAGGGAAGAAGAUUGCAGGUUUGUAGAGAAAAGCUUUACCAAGAAGAGAUCUCCAAUAAGGCAUUCUUCCCCAGUGGAGGUCAGCCCUUCAGUUAGGUCUAAGAGAGGUACAACCAGGCUCCACCCGUUCCAGUCACAGAUGAAUUGCCUUCACUUGUGCUCCCAGGGCUGCGGGUCCUUUCCCCAGGUGCUCAAUCAGUGGUUCAGGCUGUGACUCAACAGUUCCCAUACCCAAUGAAACCUUACCUAUUGGGAAAAAAAGCUUAGUUACUUGACUGCCUUAAAAUCUACAUGUUUUCUCAGGUUUGGGAAAUAAAUGAAGGCCACUUAAAAGUCAUACGCCAAAAUAACUGUUACACUUGUUAGUAUAAAAUAAUUUGGGAUUUAAAUAGCUGUUACAAGAACACAGAAGUGAUUUCCGAAGCACUCUUUAGACUUGAGCCUUAAGUCAUGUGUUGGUCUAAACUGUAGGGUACAUAUUUUCUCAGAAUUAAAACAGCAGCCUAAGUUGGAAUAAAGCCUGGAAGAUCUUGAGUGAUACUGAACUUUAAGAGGGGAAUAUCGUAUCCUCCUCAAAUACAGAGGGUAAUGAUAUCAAAUAAAUAUAGCCUUUCUUCUGUCAGGCUGUUAGUAUGAACAUUUCCUGUCUUUAAGACCAUACCUAAUGAACAUGAGUGACUGACUUAUGGUGGGUUCUGUUUUCCCCCACUUUGAUUAGAGGUGCUGUUGUGAUCUGCAUGCACAUGGCUCAAAUACAAGUUUAUCUACUUUCUGCAGUGGAAUACAGGUGGUGUUAUGCUAAAGACCCUGCCUCUGGCCCUCAUUGCAGAGCUUUUCUUGCCUUGGGAUACUUUAUGCCAGUUUUUAUCUUCGAGUUUACAGUGAAAAGAUGGUACUACUGUUUCUCUUGAAGGCAGCUAGCCAACUCUUUUUCCUUAGUGUGGGAAAAGCACAGAGAAUAUUAAUUUUAGAUACAAAAGAUGUGUUGUAGCAUUCAGAAGUACGUGUUUUGAAUUCAGCUGUAAAGUGCAGACUCAUUGGAUUACAUUUUAUGAAUAAGGAGUAACGAUGCAUGGCAGAGGCCACACAGGAGCAAGAAGAGAUUAUUCCAGCCUUCUGACUACUUGCAGUGAUGGAGCUGAAAUAUGGAUAUAUGUUGACUAAGGAGUCGGAAUAAGACUGAGUCCUGCUCUGUGAUCUGCGUGUACUUGGACCAUGAACUUGCUCUUUGGCUUUGUGCUUUAGGAACCUUUGUACUAACUGUGAGAAGCUGUUGGGAAUCAUGGCAUUCUCUCCAUGGAAGCUGUCCUCUCAGAAACUUGGCUUUUUUCUGGUGACUUUUGGUUUUAUUUGGGGAAUGAUGCUUCUGCAUUUUACUAUUCAGCAGCAAACGCAACAUGAAAGCAGUUCAGUCCUGCGUGAACAAAUUUUGGAUCUCAGCAAAAGAUACAUCAAAGCAUUAGCUGAAGAAAAUAAAAAUGUGGUUGAUGGACCUUAUGUUGGAACAGUGACAGCAUACGAUCUGAAGAAAACACUUGCAGUCUUGUUGGAUAAUAUCUUGCAGCGCAUUGGGAAACUGGAGUCCAAAGUGGAAAAUCUUGUACUUAAUGGAACAGGAGCAAACUCUACCAACAAUACUACCACUCCAGCUCCCAGCUUAGGAGCAGUUGAAAAGCUUAAUGUAGCAGAUCUCAUAAAUGGAGCCCAAGAACAGUGUGAAUUGCCUCCUAUGGAUGGUUUUCCUCACUGUGAAGGGAAAAUAAAGUGGAUGAAAGAUAUGUGGCGAUCGGAUCCCUGUUAUGCAAGUUAUGGUGUAGAUGGGUCCACAUGCUCCUUUUUUAUUUACCUCAGUGAGGUUGAAAAUUGGUGUCCUCGAUUACCUUGGAGAGCAAAAAAUCCUAAUGAAGAAACUGAUCAAAAGACAGUGGCUGAAAUUCGUAUCAACUUUGAUCCUCUCUACAAAAUGAUGUCAAGGCAUGAGGAAUUCAGGUGGAUGACGUUACGUAUCCGACGAAUGGCUGAUACCUGGAUUGAAGCAAUUAAAUCACUUGCAGAAAAACAAAAUUUGGAAAAUAGAAAACGAAAGAAGAUUCUUGUUCACCUCGGGCUUUUGACAAAAGAGUCUGGAUUCAAGAUUGCUGAGAAUGCAUUUAGUGGUGGCCCGCUUGGUGAAUUAGUCCAGUGGAGUGAUCUAAUUACAUCUCUCUACUUACUGGGCCAUGAUAUCAGGAUUUCAGCUUCACUGGCAGAGCUCAAGGAAAUUAUGAAGAAGGUUGUAGGUAACAGAUCUGGCUGCCCUACCCAGGGAGAUAAAGUUGUAGAACUAAUCUACAUUGAUAUAGUGGGACUCACUCAGUUUAAGAAAACACUUGGCCCGUCAUGGGUGCAUUACCAGUGUAUGCUAAGAGUUCUGGAUUCCUUUGGAACUGAACCAGAAUUUAACCACGCCCAUUAUGCUCAGUCUAAAGGCCACAAAACACCAUGGGGAAAGUGGAACCUUAAUCCCCAGCAGUUCUAUACAAUGUUCCCUCACACUCCAGAUAACAGCUUCCUUGGAUUUGUGGUAGAGCAGCAUUUGAAUUCCAGUGACAUUAAACACAUUAAUGACAUCAAAAGGCAGAAUCAAUCUCUCGUUUAUGGCAAAGUAGAUAAUUUCUGGAAGGACAAGAAGGCUUAUCUGGACGUCAUUCACACCUAUAUGGAAGUUCAUGGAACUGUUCAUGGGACAAGCACCAUUUAUAUUCCUGGCUAUGUAAAAAACCAUGGUAUACUCAGUGGGCGGGAUCUGCAGUUUCUACUGAGAGAAACCAAGCUGUUUGUUGGUCUUGGAUUUCCCUAUGAAGGGCCUGCUCCUUUAGAGGCUAUUGCCAAUGGAUGUGCUUUCCUAAACUUAAGAUUUAAUCCACCAAAAAGUAGCAAAAACACAGAAUUUUUCAAAGGCAAGCCGACGCUCCGAGAGCUAACAUCUCAGCAUCCCUAUGCUGAAGUUUACAUUGGGAAGCCCCACGUCUGGACUGUAGACAUCAACAAUCUUUCUGAAGUGGAGAAGGCUGUGAAAUCAAUUUUGAAUCAAAAGAUUGACCCUUAUUUGCCCUAUGAAUUUACCUGCGAGGGAAUGCUUCAGAGGAUGAAUGCGUUUAUUGAAAGACAGGAUUUCUGUCAUGGGCAAGUGAUGUGGCCCCCACUAAGUGCCCUUCAAGUGAAACUUGCUGAACCUGGAAAAUCCUGUAAACAAGUUUGUCAGGAAAGCCAGCUCAUUUGUGAGCCUUCCUUCUUCCAGCAUCUUAACAAGGACAAAGCUCUGCUUAAGCAUAACAUCGAAUGUCUCACCACUGAGUCUGCAAAUGACAUUCUGGUCCCCUCUUUUGAUGGAAGAAGGAAGCACUGUGUUUUCCAAGGUGACCUCUUACUGUUCAGCUGUGCUGGAUCCCACCCGACCCACAGAAGAAUCUGCCCGUGCAGGGACUACAUUAAGGGACAGGUUGCGCUUUGUAAAGACUGCCUAUAGCAGCAGCAGGGCUUCUUUUGAGUAGAGGACAAAAUGUAAGUAGUUUUGAGAGGAGCUACUUAUUAAUUCCUGCACUUCUGUCCAGGUUUUUUGCUGCAGGCAGAGCUAUUAUUGCUGGGCAGAAUUAUCUACUGAGAGGAGGGAUUGAUAGCAAACAGCUAACUGAUCUUUUUUCCUAUAAGAACAUUUGCAGCGCAACUCUUCAAAUUGCUUCAUCUGUUUGCGAAGAGAAAUGAGUUUCGUGUUCUCCAGUGAUUUGAAGAUGACUGCACAGAAUAGUUUGUAGAAUACUCCCAGGCCCAUCAAACUUCUUUUUUUGUUGUUUGGGUGAAGUGUUUUCUAUUUUUCGAUGAGUUUGAACAUCCCCGGUCAUGGUUAGUGAAGAGAUCUCAAAAUCAUUCCAGUAGAAAAUUGAAAAAAGUGUGCUUGGGGGGGGGAGGGAGGGAGGGAGGACUAAAAUUUAUUAUAGAUGCACUGUUUUGGGUACUGCUUUGUCUUGAAUGGCUACAAAGUGGUUUACUUCACGAGAAUUUGGAAUCACAAGAUCGCUCUAUAUUCUGUAAUUGGGUUAUCUGGGCCCAGUCCUUUCUGUUUGUUUUAAGCUUUGUAUGCAAAGUAUAGUCUGCAUCACAGCUGCUGCACCAGAGCAGUCUGAACAGAAAGUACUACGAGUAAGCAGGCAGUGUGUGACCCGACGGCCAACUUGGGUUGGGGCAUUCUUCAUUGUGGAAAAGCCUCAAAGACAUGCUGCCUUUCUAGGAAUGGACUUGUCAGUUUACUGGUCCCAUUUAGAAAGUAAUCCUUGGAGUUUGCCCAUGCUUCUGUUGUAGUCUGUCUACUAGAAAUACUGUGUGAAGCAAAAAGUAUUCAGCAUCUUUGGAGCAAUAUUAUCGUUAGAGCCUCAGUUUGCUGCACCUUCCAGUAGUUAAAGUGUUGCUGAAUGACAUAGAAAGGUUAAACUAAGCUAACUAUAAUUAUUGUAUGGUAGAAAUGUAAAAUGUCUUCAUAACUAGCUAGAUUUUUAAAGAGAAUUUUUUUCUGAAGAAUGAGAGGAGACAAACAACUGCUAAGAAAAGUAUUGACUGAUCACGUGGGUGCUCUGGUUGUUUUUCUCUUGGGGAGGGGAUGAGGGCUUUGGUGGUUUUUUAGGUUUUCUCUUCUGUUUUUUAACAGGCACACCAGUUAUAAAUUGAGAAAAUUGAAGAGUUUGAAUUCAAACUUCCCUUGAAGCAGCACAGUAAAUCUUUGACGCCACUUUCUUUUUGUAGAGGUUCUUGUCAGCAGAAGGUGGCACGCUUGGCAGCACCAUUGGUAGGCAGGAAACAAUUUGCUAAGGCCAGUGAGAAACCAAUCUGUGGUGUAUUUUGAAAGCGGUCAUAGUCAGCAGCACGUUUGGAACUUGAACGUGUUCUUUCUGUGUUGGAAAAAACUCACAUUGGCAUGAAGUUUUUUUUUCAUAAAGAUGACCAUUACCAGGUAACCAUGACAGGCAUAGAAACUUUUGUUCUCCCAUUCUUGGAUAGAUCUGGUUAGCACCGGCUGUUCUUGCACCAGCACUCGUUAUCUGUGUGUGAGUACGGAUGCAUCUCUUGACCUACCAAAGACCAUUCAAGGGAACUGCUUUUUAAUCUCAGAUAAAUUUUCCAAACAAGAGAACAGAAAAUUAUUAAGUUUCAAAGUUUCAAUGUGAAAGCAGUGAAUUACCUUUUUCCAAUUGGUUUCCUGCCUUAGCAUUCCUGCUGGUAUUACACUGUAACACUCCAUAGGUAGGGCUGCUGUGAACACAGGACCUAAUCCUGGGAGGCUGCUGGGCGGCCACAAGGCUGUGUGGGAAUGGUGAAGGGCUGUGAUGCCAGGAACUGGCCGCAAUGGUGGUGAAAUCUGCUGUAUCUUUAUUUUCCAAAACCAGAAUAACAGGGCCCUUUAAUGGGAGGCAAACAUUUUGUAUGAAAUGAAAAACACAACUAGUAUGAACAUUCUUACUGUUAGCAUAUCUCAGCAUUUGCUUCAGUCAACAGAAGCGUAGUUUGCAAUAGUUUUAAUACCCCAGCAGAGCUGGAGGAGGAGGAUUCGAAAUGGGUCUGAGCAGAUGCAACAGUUCAUUUUGUGUUUAUAUCACAUAUUCCCCACAUAGCUGUGCAUAUUUGUGCAACUGGAAAACCCUGUGUAUUACCGGCAGUGUGUACUUCUACCUGGUGCUGAAUGUGGGGGCAACAGCAGAGAUUUGUCUUUCCUAGUUCAGCCUGAGGUUCCUCAGGCAGGAUUUUAAUUCAGAACGACAUAUCAGAGAAUUACAUUGGAAACAAAGAUGUGGAUGUGUGCACUUACGAAUGCAAAACACGUAGUUUUUGUUGUAGUGUAAUUCUUGGCUGUAAAUACAUAUUUGCUUGACUCCCACCGCUGUAUGGUCCACAUGGCAUACUGCAUUUUAUUUUGCCUCUAAACUUUUAUAGGUGGGGAGGAUUUUGGUAUUUGUUAUUAUAAGAUUUUCUCGUCUAGUGCUUUGCUCAAUGGUAAGUCUGCAUUUACCACAGCAGGGAGAGUCUAUUAUAAGCUGUUCUUUUUUUUCCAUGCUGUAGCACUAUUUCUCUCUCUCGCCUACUGAGCUGAAUUACUGCAUACUGGCAAAAAUGAAACAGCACACACCGGUGCCACCGGCAUGUCGGCCAGGGACAGAAUAUCUAAAUCUGGCUUCAGGACCAUUUGGUUCUAAUUCUAUUUCCAGUGAAAUCUAUUGAGAAUGAGUCCUUAAUCUUAAAGAAAAAAGAAUCAAGAGCUGUAGUCUCAUAGGCCUGCAUUGUUAACUUUAAACACAGUAGCUGGAUCUCUUCUUUCAGAAGUGUUACUUUUAUGAAAUACAGCUUCAAUCAGAAUUCCUGUAAAAGAGAUCCUCCAAGAACUGUGAGUGAACAAACUGUCGCAUGCUGAUGUUUCGCUCUCCAUCACAGAGCAGUGCUGUUCAUGCAUCAGUACAGCAUGCAGAGCCCUUCUGCAGAUAAGCACUCAGGCAAAUCCAUGUGGGACUAUUACAGUUUUGAACAAUUUAGUAACGUGUAAAAAAAUGCCCAUUUCAGAACAGAGGCCAGCCUUCUGUCCAGGUGUCAGAACUGUUUUCCUUCCUAGUGAAAGAGUAAAGGUGGAGUCACAAUAUUGCACUUGGGGUCCUCGAGGUGGGGCUGCGCUGCAGAGCUCAGUCCACCAGUAAGGCCUGCAGCUCCUUCUGCUCCGAAAUCAGAAGUCAGCUUUUUGCAUGACUUGGCACCUGAAUAUAUUGACCGGUGAUUGGUGGGGGGAAAAUGUCGAAAGUUGCAUAGAAGAACAUGUUACAAGCUUUUAAACGUAACUCUCAUAUCAAGACAUUCUUUGUUUUAAAAUUUUGUAUUUUUGUAUGUGACCUAGCUUUUUCAAAAAAUGUUGUUCCUAUGAGAUUAGAAAACUUGAGAGAAGCAUUUACAUAUUUAUUAACAUAAAAUUAUGGCUUGCCUUUGAAAGGUAAAGUUGGUAAAUACACACUGUUUAAAAAUGCCAAUAAAAACCUCAUUUAUUUCAUAUAUGCAAGUUGAUUUGCACAUGUAUAAAUAGAGUUGCUUUUUUGCAUUUUUUGCUUAGUUUGUUUCUUUUUGUGCUUUAUAGUCACAGCUGUGUUUGUUUAUAUCAGAUUGUUUCUCCUACAAAUAUUUAAUGUUUAUGUGCCUUUUUUUUUUUCUUUACUUUGGGGUUUGGAUGGCUGCUUUUAAUGCGGACACUGUCUGAACAAGUAUAAUGGAACACUAACUGCAGGUAAAACCCAGUGCUGGAUCACUGUAGAUCUGUUAGCAGAACCCAUUCUGAAUGUUUUGAAAUAACAGGAAGAUCUGCUCUAAAAAUGUAAGGGUUAAUAAGAUAAAAGACACUGAAACAUCACUGAUUCUUACCAAAAUUUGCUUCUGCCAGUGAAAUGCCUUUUACUGAACGUCUGUAAUUGGACACGAAUGCUCCUGCUGGGACAGAUGUCUGUGUAAUGACAGAGCAAACUGCACCCGCUGUAUUCUCCUGGGAGACAAUGCUAACAAAAAACCUGUAGGAAUAGUCAGGCUUGAUUUGAUGAACGGGAAGAAUGAAGAUCUGUUCUUUCAGAUAGAAGCGUGUUCAGAUGGAAAUGCACGGAGUGACUCCUGGUGCUCCUAACAUGCAGUCCUUUAUGGAUAUAAAGGAGUCCAUAUCCAAAUGUAUGAGCCUCAGUGGAGAGGGAAUUCUGGCUGUUCAUCUGACUGCAGAAAUCUGUUUUCAUUUCUGUGAGGACGUUUUGUCUAACAGCUGCUGCUCCAGGUUCAGCAGCACAGGCUUGAGGACAGAGCCAGGUUUCUGUGCGCUCCCUGAGCAGCUCUGCUGCAAACACUCGCAGCACUUUGUAACUUGCUCGCUGACAGGUGCUCAGACUUAUCCAAAAUUACCAUCAGGUGCAGCUGAGGUUGUUCACCACAUCUUCUCUCCUUGCUUACUGACAUUGUUCUGUCCUUUAAAUCCUCCUUUGUGUCCACUCUAAAUUACAAAGAUGGGUUACAAGCUGCUACCCUCAGUAUAAGCAAAAUUCAGGUUGCUUUCUUUGGCAUAUAUUUUGUUCAUAGUGCCAUUCAGGACCAGAUUUUACUUCAAUGAAAAUUAAAGGGGAUAAAUGAGGCUGCGUACAAUUCUCAUCCAAGUAAUUAAUUUCAUAACUCCCACUGGCUUCACUGGUAGCAGCACUCCUCCAGUAAUUUCUCUUCAAAUUAAAAAAAAACAGCUCUCCCUUUUUAAUAAAGCACCAUCCUACAACAUAAAGACUAAACCCUUGCAGGUUAUGCUGUGCAUGUUACCAGCAGCCAGUUUUGCUUGCUGCUAUGGCAUUUACCAUCACUAAUUUGGUGUGACUCACUGUAAUAGUAUCGGUUCAGAACAUGGUUAAAUAACUGUCCACUCUGCAUUUCGGAGUGCUAGAGUCUAUUUUUGUUUUGAUUGUUUGUUUUAAAGAGAAUAUCAGUUACCAUUUUCAACUUUAAAGCCUUUCUUCGACAGGUGCUAACUUUCUGGCAUGGCUGUGAGUGACAUUUUCCCUGCAGCUGCUUUCAGCUUUUGACAUAGGAUUGGUUUCCAUUUGUGGUUCUCCUUUGUCCCCAAUGGUUCAGGGACCACUGUAAAGCUGAGGAGAACGGAGCACUGGCAGAUAUAGGCUUCUGGUCAGGCUGGAAAGGCCAGGGACAGGUUUCAUGUAGGUAUGUUUUAAUAAUACUGCCGUAGCGUAGAAUUAGAACAUUUUGUUUAAUGGUCAGUGACUUAAAUCUUGUCUUCAUGUUUUUAGGUAGCUCCAGAGUUGUUUUUAAGUUAGUUUGUAAAUUCCAAAUGUUAUAUUUAAAUGGAAUGCAUAAACAGCAAACUCGACAUAUCAAGUGUGAAAUGUUUACUGUAGGGAUGUAUUGAAAAUUCCGGAGGCUGAACCUCAGAUGUGUGGCACUGCUCAUGUUCUUUCUUCCAGGGAAGAGUAGCAAAGUGCAGCUUCCAUGUGAGUCAUCCUUUACACAUUCACUUAAUUAGAACCAGCGUUGGGUUCUGAUUCAACAGACCUCACCCAACAGCACAAAGCCACCUGCUUAUUAAAUGGGUAAAUAAAGUCAGGUCCUCAAAGCGCUGGUAAAAUGAGUUGUAAUUCCACCUUCCCCACACUGCGGCGUGUCACACGGCCCAGCCCAGCUCCUGGCAGAAAGUUGUUCCUGGUGUCACACAGGUACGUGGUGAAUCAGGCUGCAUGGCUGGCUGAGGGCAGUUCAUUUUAAUAGGGUUAUACCCAGAACUCAUUUGUUUCAUUAACAAGCUUGCUGUAAUAUGGUGACAGUGAAACCAUUCUAUUUGGUUUUCACAAAGGAAUACGGCAGAGGAGGAAGAAAUGGCAGUUUUUAGUGAAAGGAAAAGGGAGGCAAUUUUCUGAGAAAACUUACCCUGCAGAUUAUAAACAGAGCAAUGUUGAAACAUAAGGGAAUGCUCACUCUGCUGGGUUGAGCCGAGUUCUCUCUCUGGCUGAGCGCAGCAGGGUGAGACGGAGCAGCUCUCCUUUCUGAUCUCAUUCCUUCCCUGGAGGCUUCUCCAUAGGGAAAGGCUAGAAAAUUCUGAGUAAUCCCUGUAGCACUGUAAGGGGAGAAAUCAAACAAAAACCUACUGAAAUCUGUCAAAACAAAAGCUGCUUUUUGCAGGAAAUAAUUUGGAGUCAGAGUUUUUACAGUUCCGUAAGAACUUUGGGGUCAGGCUGGUUACUGCGUGUGUUCAGUUGGAAUUCUCUCCUGAAGCCUUGACUCUUUGUUUUAUUUGAACAGUUGUGUUCCACUAUAUUGCGUUCAAACAGUUUGAUUCUGAAAGAUCAGAACACAGUGAUUCAGAUACUGUCAAGUUACUGGGGUUCAGUAGGAUAAGAUUUUAUUUUUUUUAGAAACGUAAAUGUCUGUACUUUAAUGGCAUAGAAAAAUGCUUUGUUUUCACUGUUGUAGAAUAAAACUAGGGAGAACUUUAUUUUUCAAUAAACCUUUUUCUUGUGUGA